AUGAGCAGAGAUAGCCAGGGCAGGAAAGGCCGCGGCAGGGGCAGUGUCGCCCGCACACUGCUCCACAGCACCCGUGCCACACACCAGCGCCAGGUUGAACUGAUUGAGAGGGAUGAGGUCAGCCUUCACAAGAAGCUACGCACUGAGGUGAUUCAGCUGGAGGACACCCUGGCACAAGUCCGCAAAGAAUACGAGAUGUUGAGGAUAGAGUUUGAACAGACACUUGCUGCCAAUGAGCAAGCAGGCCCAAUUAAUCGGGAGAUGCGUCACCUCAUCAGCAGCCUCCGAAUCACAACCACCAGCUGAAGGGAGAGGUGUUGAGAUACAAGCGCAAACUGAGAGAGGCCCAGUCUGACCUG